AUGGCUACGAAACAGUCGGAAGUGCCCAACUUCACCAUCAGCGAUUAUGUCAAGUUCUUUGGCGCAGGCGCCCUCGCUGCGACGUCUACUCACGGUGCCGUCACGCCAAUUGAUGUUGUCAAGACACGAAUCCAGGUCGACGAUGCCUUGAAGGGAUACAACAUGCUCUCAGCCGGUCGCAGUAUCGUCGCCAAGGAGGGUGCUUCGGCGCUUCUGACUGGCUUCGGUCCAACUGCAGUGGGCUACCUCGUACAGGGUGGUGCCAAGUUCGCUGGCUACGAGUUCUUCAAGAAGAAGUACAUCACUAUGCUUGGAGGUCCUGAGAAGGCUGUCGAUCACCGAACGGGCGUCUACCUCACUGCCAGUGCAUCAGCCGAAUUCUUUGCUGAUAUUCUUCUGUGCCCGCUCGAGGCUACGCGAAUUCGACUUGUUUCGCAGAGAGGAUAUGCCGAUGGUUUACUUUCGGGCUUCACAAGAAUGGCGCGUGAGGAAGGCUUUAAGGGCUUCUACUCUGGCUUUGUUCCUCUGCUGUUCAAACAGAUUCCCUUUGCUGUCGGUCAAUUCUCUGUUCAUGAGGCUGUCAACGAGGUCAUCUACCGUGCAAUGGGCCCCGAGCGAAAGGAGAAGCUCACGCAGCUCGAGUCAACUGGAGUAGAGCUUACGUCUGGUAUUACCGCCGGUGCUGCUGCCGCCAUUCUCUCUCACCCUGCCGAUACCCUCUUAUCAGCCAUCAACAAGGGCGCUGGUGAUAAGAGCCAGGGCGCGACAAGUCGCAUGUUCCAACUUGCGAAAGAGUUCGGACCCAAGCGAUUACUUCUCACUGGACUGGGACCUCGUCUCGUCAUGACAUGCGGUCUCGUCGGCGCUCAGUUCGUAGUGUACGCUCAGUGCAAGGCUCUCACAGGAGCACCGCCAAGCAUUGAGAUUCACAAAGAGGAGUCACUAUGA